AUGAAACGAGUUCCGCCAUCGUACACCUCUUCAUCCGAUAACGAUAUCGAUAAUUCAUCAAGUUAUUCACCCUCUCUCGGUGAAAGUCAAGAUAUCAGACCCAUCUUCUCAUCACCUCCCAUUUCAGCUAGAUCAACACCUAAGAAACCCAAACUUGACAAUGAAAACAAAGGUAUCAAAUCCAAAACACCCUCACCUAAAAAAUCAAAAAUGAAGUCCGAAUCUGGGUCAAGUGCAGCUGCAUCUGCAGCUACAGGUACCAAUGUCAAUGGAGUAUGGGAUGGAGACAAAAGAGCUUUAUUUGUAGAUGAGAUUAUAGCUGUAGGGUAUAAAAAUGCUAAUCUCGAUGAGCUCGCUAACAAGCUUGGUAUGAGUAAGAGACAGCUUAUCGAUCAGUUGGUACCAAAUAAAUCCAAUCUCAGAGGCAAGUGGUAA